UCCAACCAAGAAUACUUCGCUUCGCGGGAAAGGAAUGAUAAGGACAGGAGGCGGUGAUAGGCCAGUUAAGGCCAGUGUUGUUAGUCGGAACUGUUGCGCUCUGUUACGCAUCGUGGGUGUUGGGAAACUGUAAAUCGGCAAUAGGCCUACUUUGAAAUGAAAAUGUAGACUUUUAGGAGUAUGACUUCGUAGGACAGCGGUUUCUGUGAUUUCCCCUUUUUGAGAGAGUAGCAGUCUACUUUUUUGCCGUGUCUUCACUCGUGCAGGGAAAAUUGUUUUGGUUAGUCCAAAGCUUUUAGCUGAAGAGGAUCUGUUCUUUUGGUCUGUUCUGAAUUAGAUCUAUAUAUCUAGAUCAUCUAGAGUUCUAUAUCUUGAUCGAGAUAUCUAGAUCUAGAUCUAAUUUUCAUUGUGUCAAUGAAUGUGUUAUGCAAAAUCUACAAGUGUUAGAUAUCUAGAUCUAGAUCUAGAUCUAUAUGAUUGCUCCCUGAAAAAUGUGAAUCAUCUGGAAGACCCGAAAGAUCUCGAAAGGAUUUUCGCUGAUAUUACAUGGUACAGUAAAUCGCGAUUUUUGCUCAACUUCACCUGACCUGUCUUUAGAUGAUUGCUCAGGAACGGGAAGCAGGCUUUUUUAGGUUGGAUACAGAAGCCCCACGGCAACAUAUGGGGGAUCUUGAAGCGGGUGGCACAGAGUGCCAUUCCACUGGAUUUUGUUCCAGAAGCACAGAUGUCAGAGGGAAACAUCCGGAAACUGAGCUUAAUUCAGAGGAAAGGGCUGUUGUGGAACAGUUACAUGAACCUUUACGAUCAAACUCUGGAUUUUCCUAUGUAUCUUUAGUACCCCCAUCAUACGUGGACUCUUUAGAAACAGAAGUAAAAACUCUUGUAAGUCUUGACCAAAAUUCUCCGGGAGUGGAUGUGGUCGAAGAUGAAAAGAAUGAAGAGUUUUCAGCGAGUGAAAAGGAGGAGCUUUUGCAAUCCAUAAGGCAACUAAAGAAAGAACAAGAACAUUUGAAAGCCGUGCAAGAAGCACAGCAACAAGAACAAGUCCGACUCAGGCAGCUUCAGGAAGAACAUGACACACAUCUGAAGAAGCUUAUUGAGAGCCAGCCACGCAUCUCAAGACGUGUUCAGACCCUCAGGAAGACCAAGGCAGUUGGGUUAGCAGCUAUUGCCUGUCAGACGAUAGCCAACAGCCGAGAUGUGGGGCCCAAUGAACGAGUAAAGUCUAUGUCGACCAAUCAUCUGUAUGUACAAAUAGAGGAACUGUAUGCCAAUUUUCAUCGUCUGAACUGGAUAUCAAAGAUGCAGGAACCCGAGCCAGAAGAGGAUCCUUAUGAUCAAGUGUUGAAUUACCCAUCUCAUGAUGAGUUGAAAGAAGAAAAUGACCUACUGAAAAACAAGGUAAAAGCCUUAGAACAAAAACUUAACUCAAAUGACGGCAAGAGUAGCCAAGCUGCCUUACAGAUUAAACCAGCUCAGCCAGAAAGCCAUUUGUGCUCGUCCUCUCCUGUGCUGCCCCCAGGACCCCAUGGAAAAGACUCAAUUGUUGCAGCUCCAGUCCCUUUGAAGCGCCGGCCUCCUUCUCUUGUUGCUGUGGAGGCAACCUUCGAGUGGACUAUCUCCGACUACAAGGCAAAGUUGAAAAACGAAAAGAUGAACAGAGGCUCAAAGGAAGUCAGCAGACUCUUUUACAUUACUCAUCAGGGGUACAGAUGUCAACUGGAGGCAUACCUCAAUGGCAAUGGAACUGGAUAUGGCACAUGUAUGUCCGUCUUUCUUCGAGUGGUCAAAGGAGAACACGAUGAUCGCCUCAAGUGGCCUGUAGACCUAACUUUGGUUAUUAUUGUGGUCAAUCAAACAGAUGACAACUCCGAUUCCCUGAAGCCAUCUGCCCCAGUCCGAAAUAAGUUCCGCUACAAUAGACCGACAAGUACUAAUGAGGACGGGACAGACUGCUGGGGUCUUAUAGAAUACGUGUCACAUGAUCUGAUGAAGCAGAGAUCUUACAUAAAAAACGAUGCUAUCAUACUCAAAUGUCGUAUUCUGCAUAAAUAGGUCUGAAAAACAUGCAAAAAGCCCACUUGUACAUUUGUAAUAAUUUUAUUGUUCUUACGUGCAGUAUUGAAUGAAUAGUUGAAGGUGUUGAAAAAAACAACAACUAACAUUUGCAUACUGGAAACUAUCUGCAUUAAAUGUGUGUGCGAGAAAACAAAUUACUCCUAUGGUAAAUCGAGGUAUUUUCAUAAAAAGAGGGUCUCCAAAAGUAAGUGUACAGUGUUUAUGUGGUCAUGGUUAGAGCUAUGCUAUAUGCGUUUUUUGGUCUAUGUUUUAUUUCUAAUUUCUUUUCAUGUUUUAUUCUUAUAGAUUCCUACUGGCACUGCUUCAAGAGCAUAAAGCGUUUGAGCUUUUGUGUUUUUGUGUCUCUAUAUAGGAGACAAGCAUUGUUUUGUCAUAAAUGUUUAGCGUAACAAACCUUUGUUUUUUAGUAGCCUAUUAAUGGUACAGGUUUAUGCUUCCAGUUUACAUAACUGAUCAAAAUAAAGAUUUUCUUAGUACUGUUCAUCAUGAAUGAUGAAUAUUGUGUAGUCGACAUGUUGACUAUAACACACACGAA